AUGCUAAAUGUAGCCAUGAGCAAGGUCAAGUACGAGGAGUGGACCAACAAGGCGCAGCAGACAGCGCAGAAGGGGCUCGACUUGACGAACGAGAUGAUCAAGACGGUAUUUCAGGACACCCAAGAAUCGACGACGGAAGAUCUGAAAUGUGCGGCCGAGAGUGUUGACGAGUUUGCCAAAGAGAUGGUACUCGAGAUUAAGAAUAUGGAACCGAAGGCCACUGUGGUUGUAGAGAAGGCGACUGAAGAUCCGGUGGCGGCUUCAAGCGACACUGAGUGGGAGCAGGUGACGGAGCAGGACCGGACGUUGAAUCCGGUGGAGGAGGCGCCUGCGGUUGUCGUGCUUGUGGUGGAUGGACCGGUUGUGGUUGCUGACUCGGUAGUUAUUGCGCCGUUGGUUGCUGCUCCGUCGGAGGGUGGAAUUAUGUGA